AUGCCAACCGCACCCCUCCAACCGAGCAGAGCCAGAGCCGUAUGGCGGACCUGCCUGGCCUCCGCCUCCCGCACCGCCUUAGCCUGCAUCAUCGUUGGCAUCGCCACGUUGUAUGGACCAGCUUCGCUCCAACGCCAAGUAGCAUUCCCAGCAUUUUCCUACGUGACCGUCAUCCUCAUAGUGACAGAUGCCACGUUGGGUGACACGUUGCAUGGCUGCUGGCUGGCUCUCUAUGCCUCCGUCCAGAGCCUGGGGCCUGCCAUGUUGAGCCUGUGGCUGAUAGGACCAGCCAAGCUUACUGAUGGAACCACCGCGCUUGCGGUAGCAUUAGGAGGGCUGGUGGUGGUGUUGCCCGAAUCGACUCACUUGAUAACAAAGCGAAUAGCAUUGGGCCAAAUCGUUAUAGUUUAUGUUAUCGGCUUCAUUAAUGGUGGGCGAACGGAGCCUAUCAUGCAUCCGGUGCACGUGGCGGCUAGCACUGCUGUUGGGGUCUUGGCUUGCGUUUUGGCCUUAUUGCUACCCUACCCAAGAUUGGCUUGUUGCGAGGCGAAGAGAAACUGCAAGCUUCUGGCGGAGAACGGUUCACAGAGGCUGAAGCUGUUCGUCAAGGCACUAUGCGCAGAAGACAACGCAGCUGCAUCUGCUUCCAUCUCUCAAGCGAAGAUGUUGACCGCAGCCGGAACCAAACUUCUUCAAAGUGUUAAACGCUUCCAAGGAAGCAUGAAAUGGGAGACACUUCCGUUCAAGUUUUUGAGACCCUACUAUAUGAACUCAGGGGAGAAGUUGCAAGAUAUAGAGAUCGCUUUAAGAGGAAUGGAAAUGGCUUUGGAAAGUACUCCAUCAUUUCCCGGGAGAAUGUUGGAUGGAGAACUCAAGGAUGGGCUGCUUAGGUUGGAAGAGAACAUUAGCUUAAGGUUAAAACAGGCAAAGAGUUUCUUGCCUGGUGAUUCCUUAACUAAUCCGGAAUCAAAUGCUGAAGACAUUACGAAGGUCCUCCAAACGCUUCAAACAAUCCCACCAACCCACCAAGAUUUGCACUCUUUUUUCUUCUUGUUUUGCAUGAAACUCCUUCAUAGUAAGUCGUUGCCAAAUCCAACGACUAAGAAUCCGGUUCAGAAAAAUGGAGGAUCGUCACCCAUUUCAUCUAAACAAAACGGGUUCUCCUCCAAAGAGGUUUCGAGCAGCUGCGGCCUUAAGACCAAAAGGCUCAUUCCAGCUUUCAAGUUCUCACUUUCUUUAGGAUUCUCAGUUCUAUUUGGGUUGAUAUACAGUAAGCCCAAUGGAUUCUGGUCAGGACUCUCAGUUGCUGUCAGCUUUGCCGCCGCAAGAGAGGCAACGUUUAAAGUUGCAAACGUUAAAGCACAAGGGACAGUUUUGGGGACUGUCUAUGGAGUUAUAGGGUGCUUUCUUUUUGAAAGGUUCUUGGCUAUCAGGUUCUUGUCUCUUCUUCCUUGGUUCCUUUUUACAAGCUUCCUAAGGCAAAGCAAGAUGUACGGUCAAGCUGGUGGGAUAUCUGCUGUCAUUGGUGCCGUACUGAUAUUGGGAAGGACAAAUUUUGGUCCCCCAAGUGACUUCGCCAUAGCAAGAAUCAUGGAAACAUUCAUCGGAUUAUCUUGUUCAAUUGUGGUGGAGCUUCUUUUCCAGCCCACAAGAGCUUCAACUUUGGCUAAAAUUGAGCUCUCCAAAAGUUUGGAGACAUUGCAUGAAUGUAUUGGCUCGGUGAGCCUCCAAGUCAGCGAAGCCAACCUUGUAGAGAACCAGAAGAAGUUAAAAAUUCAUGUAAAUCAGCUAGGAAAAUUCAUUGGAGAAGCCGAGGUGGAGCCCAAUUUCUGGUUUUUGCCUUUUCAUAGUGCUUGCUAUGGUAAGCUUUUGGGGUCUUUGUCAAAGGUGGUGGAUCUCCUGCUUUUUGGUGCUCAUGCACUAGGAUUCCUUGAACGAGAGUCACAAAAACUGGAAACUUCUUGGAAGGAAACUGUAAAUAAACUAAACGGUGACCUUAAUCUCUUCAAGGAGUCCGUUGGCUCUGUAGUACAAUACCUUGCAAAGAUAUCCUUGAUCAAAUCACUCACCAUACUUGACAAGGAGCUUCAAAAGAACAACAUUUCUUAUGAUAUCGAGAUGGGAAAAUCAGCAAGCCCGAACUUUUUUAGGGUUUCUGGUUCAGAAGAAGAUGAUGAGAUGAACAAGAUUUUGAGUUCAUUUCUUCAACAUUCCCAAGAAGUUGUCGAUAUCAUCCAUGGCAUUGAAGGUGAGAAGGAGCUUAAGAGCCAGAUGGUAUUAAAUUUGAGUGCCCUGGGGUAUUGCAUGGAAAGUUUAACAAGAGAAACACGACAGAUUGAAGAGGGGAUAAGGGAACUUGUGCAGUGGGAAAAUCCUUCAAGCCAUGUAAACUUGCAUGAAAUCUCAUGUAAAAUACGUGGUUUAUACAGUUAA